UCGGCGACUGUACUCGACUACUCGUUGACCUACGAACCGAGAUAAAUAAACUUAUUUUAUAACAGUGCGUCGGCGAGAUAACUCGCUCAUAAAUUGCGACCCAGACCUAUCUAUUGUCCAGUGAAAAUGCCUAGCGUUGUUACUGUUAAUACAACCCCUUUCGACGGGCAAAAGCCGGGUACUAGUGGUUUACGUAAAAAAGUAAAAGUUUUUCUGCAAGAAAACUACACAGAAAACUUUAUCCAGAGUAUUUUGGACGCUAACAAGGAUAGUAUCGUGGGUUCUACGCUCGUGGUGGGCGGAGAUGGAAGAUACCUAGUUAAAGAAGUCGUAGAUAAAAUUAUAAAGAUCUGCGCUGGAAACGGGGUUGGCAAACUAUUAGUGGGCCAAAACGGCAUCCUUUCCACUCCAGCAGUGUCAUGCAUCAUCAGAAAGUACAAUACUCUUGGAGGCAUAGUCCUAACCGCCUCCCACAACCCAGGCGGCAUCAACAACGACUUCGGCAUCAAGUUCAACUGCAGCAAUGGCGGACCAGCCCCUGAUAACACCACCAACGAGAUCCAUGCGCUCACCACCACCAUCAAGGAGUAUAAGACCGUCCCGGACCUCAACUGCCCUGUUGAUGAAACUGGCGUCUUUAACUUUACCGUGGACAGCAGACCAUUCGUAGUAGAGGUCAUCGACCCCGUCCAGGACUAUGUGAGCUACAUGAAGGAGAUCUUCGACUUCCCCAAGAUCAAGUCACUCAUCCAGGGCACCAAGCAGAGGAAACCCUUCAACGUACUCAUUGAUUCUAUGAGUGGAGUAACCGGCCCAUACGUGCAAGCCAUCUUCAUCGAUGAGCUGGGUGCGUCCGUAAACAACGUGCGUCGAGUGACCCCACUGGAAGACUUCGGGGGCGCCCAUCCUGACCCCAACCUGACUUAUGCUGCUGAUUUGGUCGCGGCGGUCAAAGGAGGGGACUAUGAUUUGGGGGCCGCUUUCGAUGGCGAUGGCGACCGCAAUAUGAUAAUAGGCCGUGAUGCCCUCUUCGUAACUCCAUCUGACUCUUUGGCUGUACUGGCGGCGCACGCGGCUCUGAUCCCCUAUUUCCAACGUAAUGGAGUCAAGGGCUUCGCGCGUUCCAUGCCCACCGCCGCCGCUGUCGACCGCGUCGCCAACGACUUGGGGAAGGAGAUCUUCGAAGUGCCCACUGGUUGGAAAUACUUCGGUAACCUAAUGGACGCUGGUCGCCUCUCCCUCUGCGGGGAAGAGAGUUUCGGCACCGGCUCAGACCACGUGCGAGAAAAGGACGGACUAUGGGCCGCUCUCGCUUGGCUGUCAGUCAUAGCUGUCACCGGCAAAUCAGUGGAGGAGAUACUGAAGGAACACUGGGCCAAAUACGGAAGGAACUACUUUACUAGAUACGACUACGAAGAAUGCGCCAGCGACCCGUGCAACGAGAUGAUGACCGCCCUCGAGCAACGCAUGACCGCGUCCGGCUUCGUCGGUUCAUCUCACACGUCCGGUUCAAAGACCUACAUCGUUAAAGUGGCCGAUAACUUCUCUUACAUGGACCCUAUCGACCGUAGCGUGGCUAUGAAACAGGGUCUGAGGAUUAUCUUCGAAGACGGGUCUCGCAUCGUGCUGCGCCUGAGCGGAACCGGCAGCUCCGGAGCUACUGUCAGACUAUACAUCGACUCGUACGAAGCCGCGGACGUCCUGGGCGACGCGCAGGUGAUGCUGCGACCGCUGAUCCAGGUGGCGCUGCAACUAUCCCAACUGCAGAAGUUCACCGGCCGCGACGCCCCCACCGUUAUUACAUAAGUUACUAUAUAAAGUGGUUGCUUAUACACAAGAAAAUGGUAAACUACCUGAUGCAUUUGGCCAAAAGUGUAAACAAACGUUACCUCAAUUUUUAAAUUAAAAAAUCAAAUAUUUUUUUUUAUUUCAAGUGACUCUUUGUGAAACAUCAAAACGAUUUGUUACGUUUAAAACGCAUUCUUUGUUUAAUUCGCAAAACAUAUUUUAUCUUAUUUUUUUAGUGUUUUCGUUGAUUUUAUAACCGCUGCCAUUAUUACCAAAUUAGUGCCCGGGGCCUUGGUAAUGUUUUUCGUUUGUAAAUCUCGUUUAUAGUUUAUAUAGUAUUGUGAAAAACACAAAUUAAAAUAUUAUCAUAAGUGAUUUAAUUUGUUCUUAGGGGAAACAGGCCUAUUGGCCUACAAAUUUGGCCGAAUCCAUAGGCGACCUUUAUACAGGGUAACGACUCGGCGUUCAUUUUCUAUUUCCAGAAGAAGUAACAUUAUUAUAAACAUUUACAAAACAGAUCGAUUUAUGAGCACCUUAUCCAGUUAAACAUAUUUAAUGCUAUUUAAAUCGACACAAUUAUUCAAUAUAUCUAUAAAUAAAACAGAAUUAAAUAACUAACCUAUAAAACUUAAAAACUAAAUUUAAAAAUAAAUAAAACUAAACUUAAAAUAAAUAACUAAUUAAAAUCUUUAUAAAUUCUGAAAGCUUUUAUGUACUUCUAUUUAUAAAAUGUAUUUUUUGCUAAAUAUUUAUUUAUAGAGAUUUUAUAAAUGUAAAUGAAAUUUAAUUUUAUAUGCCCAAUUAUUAAGUAUUUUGCACGAUCUA